CGGCAGGGCGUCGAGGUGUGUGGCGGGCGGGUGCGGGUGUCGCAGGGCGUGUCACGAGGUGAGAGGGAGGGCGCGGGCCGCGGCGCUCACCCCUCCCCCCGCAGCCGCCGGCCUUUCCCGGGAAGAUGGCGGAUCGCGCGGAGAUGUUCUCCCUCGCCACCUUCCACUCGCUGUCGCCGCCCGGCUGCAGGCCUCCCCAGGACAUAAGCCUGGAAGAAUUUGAUGAUGAAGACUUGUCUGAGAUCACCGAUGACUGUGGCCUGGGCCUCAGCUAUGACUCGGACCACUGCGAGAAGGACAGCCUUUCUUUGGGACGCUCGGAGCAGCCACACCCCAUCUGCUCCUUCCAAGACGACUUCCAGGAGUUUGAGAUGAUUGAUGACAAUGAAGAAGAGGAGGAGGAGGAGGAGGAGGAGGGAGAUAAGAAGGGAAAGGAGGGAGGAGGUCCUGGUUCAGAGGUGCCUGCAGGGGAGUCCCUUAUCCCCUCACCGUCCCUGGAGGAGCCCCACAGGAAGCGGCCCGCCACUCUCUACCUGACCACGCUGGGCGCCCAGGACUCCCUGAACAACAAUGGAGGCUUUGUCCCUGCACCUGCAGCCUCCUGGCCCCAGACAGCGCUCUGCUCACCUGCCCUGGAGCCCCGCAGAGAGCGCCCCGGGCCCCUCCCACCCCUGGAAGAGGCAGCCCGGGAGGCACAGGGGCUGCCCCUGGGCUGUGACUGUGAAGGGAACCCGGACUCGGUACGGCCCGCACCCGGCGGGGCCUCGCCCUCCUCCUCCGACCCCGGGAUCGAGGCCGACCUGAGAAGCCGCUCCAGCGGGGGCCCUGGCGGGCGGCGCAGCAGCCAGGAGCUGUCGUCGCCCGGCUCAGACUCGGAGGACGCGGGCGCGCGCCUGGGGCGCAUGAUCUCUUCCAUCUCGGAGACCGAGCUGGAGCUGAGCAGCGACGGCGGCAGCAGCAGCAGUGGCCGCUCCUCGCACCUCACCAACUCCAUCGAGGAGGCCUCGUCGCCCGCCUCCGAGCCCGAGCCCGAGCCCGAGCCCCCGCGCCGCCCGGCCUUCCUGCCCGUGGGCCCCGACGACACCAACAGCGAGUACGAGUCCGGUUCGGAGUCGGAACCUGACCUCAGCGAAGACGCCGACUCACCGUGGCUGCUCAGCAACCUGGUGAGCCGCAUGAUCUCCGAGGGCUCCUCGCCCAUCCGCUGCCCUGGCCAGUGCCUGUCCCCCGCGCCGCACCUGCCCGCGGGCCCCGAGGUGGUGCCCGCCACGCACUCGCAGGACCCCGAGGUGCCAGCAGGACCUGGAGUGGAGCUGGUGGACAUGGAGACGCUGUGUGCGCCUCCACCUCCCGCGCCUGCGGCCCCACGGCCCGGCCCAGCGCAGCCCGAGCCGUGCCUGUUCCUCAGCAACCCUACACGCGACACCAUCACGCCGCUCUGGGCCGCAGCUGCCCGCCGCGCUCGCCCUGGUCGUGCCUGCUCGGCCGCCUGCUCAGAGGAGGAGGACGAGGGGGAUGAGGAGGAGGCCGAGGACCUUGGGGCUCCCCCGGGGGCCCGGGGGCUGGGCUGCACUGCACCGCUGGACGCAUCGCUGGUGUAUGAUGCGGUCAAGUACACGCUGGUGGUGGACGAGCACACGCAGCUGGAGCUGGUGAGCCUGCGCCGCUGUGCCGGCCUGGGGGACGCUGGCGAGGAGGACAGCGCCGGGGAAGCCAGCGAGGAGGAGGCCAGCGAGGAGGAGGCCAGCGCCGCGCUGCUCGGCCGAGCGCAGGGCCCAGCGGACACCUCUCCGGAUAGCCCUGACCUCACCUUCUCUAAGAAGUUCCUCAACGUGUUUGUCAACAGCACCUCUCGAUCCUCCAGCACAGAAUCCUUUGGCCUUUUUUCCUGUCUGGUCAACGGGGAGGAGAGAGAGCAGACCCACCGGGCUGUCUUCAGGUUCAUCCCUCGGCAUCCAGAUGAGCUAGAGCUGGACGUGGAUGACCCAGUGCUGGUGGAAGCUGAAGAGGAUGACUUCUGGUUCCGUGGCUUCAAUAUGCGCACUGGGGAGCGAGGCGUGUUCCCGGCCUUUUACGCCCAUGCAGUGCCUGGGCCUGCCAAGGAUCUGCUAGGGAGCAAGCGGAGCCCCUGCUGGGUGGAGCGAUUCGAUGUACAGUUCCUGGGCUCUGUGGAGGUUCCCUGCCACCAGGGCAAUGGCAUCCUGUGUGCAGCCAUGCAAAAGGUCAGUGUGGAGGAGGCCUGGGCACCUGCUGAAGGCCGGCAUAGCUCCCGAUGCCCCCACCGCCUUCCCCACAGCUACUUCGGCUUCAUUACCAAACACCCUCUGCUGAGCCGCUUUGCCUGUCACGUCUUUGUGUCUCAGGAGUCCAUGAGGCCGGUGGCGCAGAGCGUGGGCCGUGCCUUCCUGGAGUACUACCAGGAGCACCUGGCCUACGCCUGCCCCACAGAGGACAUCUACCUGGAGUAGCCGCCCGCACCCUCAGCUCCCACUCUACAGCUCCAGGACAGCUGCAGCCGGGGUGUCUCGGAGCCACCGUGGCUUUGGCAAGGACUGGACUGGGGGCACGUGGGGCCCCACGUCUAUGGUAGUCUCUGGGCUGAGAACUCUCACCCUGCAUCCCCAGGGCAUAGCUGUGGGGUCCCAGCGGGUGGAGCCCCGGCGCCUCCCACUUCUCAGUGCAUCCUUUCUGUUGUCCGCGCUCCUGACCCUCAGUCUCCCCUUUCCUCCCUCUGUCUUUGCCCCUUUCUGUGCCUGCAGGCCUUGCCCUUUGCUCUCUAUUUUGGGGUUAGAACCGGGCGGGGGGCGGGGGGAGGCGUGUGGAGGAAGGGAGGCUCAAGGCGGCCGGUGAUGAAAGCUCCCCAGUGACCCCUUUCCAUCCGUGCCCUGUAAUUUAUAAAGGAACUUUAAUUUUUAUAGUGAAUCUCAAGGGGUCAUCCCAUCCUUGACCACAGGGACAGAGAGGGACCCAUCCUUUAGGGAGCUGGGGGAAGCAGGGAGCAGUUCCUGAGGGAGUCUCGGGGUGAUGAGGAGUGGUUCUUGGUGCCCACUGAAGCCCCCGUGCUGCUCAGAGGAGGGGCCCUGCCGGGCGCUGCCCGCUCAUCUGCUUCGUCGCUACAGCCCCACAGUCCAGGAAAAUCUGCCCGCGCGGGCACGCUGUGUACGUGGACCCUGCCCGUGGCCUCAAUAAACUCUUGCUUGGUGUGA